ACACAUAUUUAUAUAUUUAAAGUGGUCUUACCCUCAAAAUAUAAUAAAAUGCUAGUAAAAUCAUAAAAUCUAUCGUAUUUAUAGGAAAACCUGUAAUGUUGAUAAUUAUAAUAAGAGUGGACAGUCCUGAACUAAAACCCCCCACAGUAAGUGAAACUGUUUCAGCAGCAGCAGCACGAGCGCAGAGCUCACCUCCCCUUUAAGAGUUUCAUACCUUUAACACUGGCCUUCCUCACCUGGAAACACCUGAAAUCCCACCCCCCGGAAGAUCCAAAACAAUCCUUACUGCGCACACUUUUCUCCGGAGACCCGGACCCUUCCUCAGUCCUCCGCGGUGGAGUUUCAGAAGGAGGAAAUACGAAAAGUGGGUAAAUGUAAUCCCAUGGACGAUGCUUUGAGAGAUGGACUUUGAUGAUAUUUAAUCAACCACUACUAAACUGAAUAGACGACCAUACCAGAGCAGCACAUCUUAAUUCAUCAGGAUGUCUGAGACCCUUCCUGCAGAUUCGGAGGCAACGGUCAAGGGCCCUCUAGGAGUGACAGCAGGAGCCGAUACACCUGGUUGGUCACCAGAGGAGGAGAAGAUGAAGACGGACGUGAGCGGAAUGGAAGGAGAGGACAGAAUUGUCACCAGUGCCCAUAUGGAGCCAAGUACUCUGCAGUAUCCUGGAGAUAAGGCUAAUCAACCUGGUGGGACGGAAAACGAGAAAGGGUCUGAUCUGAAACUAGACAGCAGCGAAACCGAUGUUGCGGCAGAAGAAGCAAGUGUGAGAUCAGAUUGCGCGUCGGUCCGUGGAGGACCGAGCAGGACGGAGAGCGAGAGAGAGUUUGGAGUGAGAGAGAAGCAGGAGGAGGGUGAGGAGUGGAUGGAAAAAGAUGCCCCUGAGAAGGAAAGGGAGACGCACUUGGAGAUCGAAGUGGAAGAGCUGAAUGCCAUGCCAGAGAAAGCAGCAGGAGUCUUUGGCCCCAGUGUAACUGUCAAUCACUCCAUCAUAUCUGAACCACUCAAACAGAAUGGAAAUGACUGGGAGGAAAACACAGAGAGGACCGCCUUCCUCAGGCCUCAUGGAACACCACCUGAUGGGUACUACAACAAGAACAUGGACUAUGAUUAUGACUACUCCAAGAACAACAAGCAGUGCUGUGGAUGUACUGGAACAAACCGUGAUGCGCUGAAAAUGGGCGUGUCUAUAUUUAUGUCAGCCUUGAUAUUCCCUGUUCUGGUGUGGGGAGGCCACACUUUCCUACCCUUUGAUGCUCCUCUGCUGGAUAGCGCCCCCUUGAGGCUGGUCUACACGCUGCGCUGCUCAGUCUUUGCAGUUAUUCCAAUUGUGCUGGGUAUGUUGGUGCUGGGCGUGUCCCGUCUGCGGUACUGUUCUCUGAAGCCUCGGUGUGACGGAGAGCCUGAGGUGGAACAGGUGAACAUCCAUCGCCGCUAUGUGGAUGACUCCAUCUCCCUCUUCCUCCUGUACUUCCUGCAGUUGGGGGUCAUGGCUGCCUAUCUUAAUCAGAACCUGCUUAAACUGGUUCCACUCCUCACCAUCAUCUUUGCAUUUGGCAGGCUGGUGUACUGGAUCGCAGCUGCAUGGGGCAGCAGUGUGAGAGCAUUCGGUUUUGGUUUCUCCUUCUGGCCGAUGCUGACGAUGCUGGUAGCCAACCUUUACUUCAUCUUCAUGGCCGACUCUGCAGGAUCAAUCUUUGCUCCAGAUGAGAUUGAUCCUCCUGAAACUUCUCCAGAGCACAGGCAAAGGUUCUGGGGUUAGAGGAGCAUCAAGUAACGGGAGAGGUGUUUACUCCAUUAUAUUGUUUCUAUUUUUUUAGACUAGUUUUUUACAGAACACACAUUAAAGCUUUACAUACACUAAGCUAACAGAGGUUUUCGAGAGAGAAUUGGUGAUUUGGACAGUAGACCUUUGUUAUAGGUUUACACUUUAGUUUCUAAUGAUGCAGCAGAUUGUAAAGUUGCACUAAAAGCACUUAUGGAUCAGGUAGUUAUUAAACUAGCGUUAGAAAAAUGCACACAAAUUACUUUUCACUAUUUUUCACUUUCCAAGAGGCCAAUUUGAUUUAUGUGCUUGAAGUAACUUGCUUCCCUCAGCAUGGCCCCAUAGAGAGGCAGAAACCAAGUGAUAUCCAGAGAGGUGGAUGAUUGCUUAGCUGCUUAAGAACAGCAGUAUAAAACAGGUUGAAGCACACAGUGAAACGAUCUGGGCUGGCUUUCCCAAAAGCGCCUUAGCACACAGAUUAAUCUUAAAUGGCUGAGGGAGCAUGGUGCUGAACACGCUCUCUACCAGUUAUGAUGAAUUUAACACAAAGAUUCUUUUGGAAAGCUGGACCUAGGUCUGUUUAUCUGGACCACAGACUUUGGGCAAGGAAAUAUAUUUUUAUUGCUGUUAAUAGAAGUGGUUAAUUAAAAUGAGAAAAAUUAGAUACAGAAGAUUUAGUUAAAAUGCUCAAACUUUACACACUAGGUUAAAGAAUAGAACUGAAAAAAAGUUUCUUACUCCAGGUUUGAGAGAUGGUUUAACUUCCUGCUGUUUAAUCUUUUAUAUAUAUAUAUAUAUAUAUAUAUAUAUAUAUAUAUAUAUAUAUAUAUAUUGUAUAUUUUUUUCCCACUUGACUUGCACAGAGUCAGAGGAAUAUCAAUACUGCCUUCUUUCUGUGUGUAGUUGCAGAAAAUACUGCAAAAAAGCUCUGAGCUUUUUUUUUUUCCUUCUGGAAUUGUUCUUUGUUUGUGUGAGCAGAGUUGGCCCGGGAUGAUUCAUCCAUGGUGUUCUCAAGGAACGAGUUUUUUAUUAUUAUGAGUAUGCAUUGCACAGUGUCUGCAACUUGGCUUUACCGUUUCUUCUGAAAUGGUGAAGGUAAAUGUUCACAUCUACUUUUCCUCAUUUUGAAUAAUAGUGUUCAUUUUGGAUAAAUGCAAGCGUAAUCAAAAAAGCCAGACCAUUUUGCAGAAAAACUUCUUAUUAAUCUACAUAACACAGUUUGUAAGCAGAAAACAUCUGAAUUACCUGAAUAUGCAAGUUACCCAUCUGCCUUAAGCUGCAGUGGAUUGUAAUGUGCAGUGGUUUAAGGUGUAAUGAGGUUUUUUGGUGAUAUAUGAAAUGAAAAUGCAAAAAAAGAGAGAGAGAAGAAAGAAAAUGCGCUGCCAGUUCCUUAUGCGAGGAUAAUCCGCCUUGACUGCACAGAGACAGGAAAGAAGAAAGAAAAGGAUUGAGGGCGCUGCUGGAAAAAGUCCUCAUUUUUCCUUCAAUACUUAUUUCACCUCAGAAUUUCUUCUUUCUAUCUCAUUCUUGUGGGUUUGCGAGAGUUGGCAUUGAUGAAUUUAUCAGACUCUGUGUGGCUAGAAAGAAAAGUUUAAUUGCUAAACUUCUGAAGUUUUGAGAGAACAAAGGUGGUGCGUUUCUGAAGAAAAUCGGAGCGUUUCCUAAACGAGUUUCUGUGAUAUAAUGUGCGUGUGUAUCAGAUAUGGAAACAUACAGUCUGUAUGAGAACUUGCGUAGCCUUUAUAUUUAUCCUUCCACACUGAUAAUAAACCAUACGCAUGUCUGAACUUGUACACCUACUAAUAGUGUUCUAACAAUCCACAUUUGCUGACUUCAUAUUUUUUGCAUUCUUUCCUUUUUAUAAAACCUUUUAUAAAAUCAUAUCUGGAUAUGACUAAUAUACAAUAGAGACUGCACUAAAAGAGUAAUGUAGCCUAAUGAUUAAAUAUAUUGUGUGACUUAAUCACUGAGCUGUAAUUAAAAAGUUAUUCAGUGUGGUUAAAUGUGAAUUGGUUAAUUACAGAGAAACUUAUUAUUAUUAUUAUUUACAUUUAACCAACCUUAAUGAGUUUGUUUAUGGGCCAUUCUAGAACUAAAGGUACAUUUCAAGUAUGAAAAGAUUUGGUGUUUGGUUCAAAUUUUCACUAUUUUGUGUAAACUAACCAUAAACUAGUAUCAAACUUUGCACUAUUUAAUACAAAAUAAUGAGAUUAGAAGUUUGACAUACCCAACAUGCCUUCCACAUGUUUCCUACCUGAGGAAGUGACAUCACUGGGUCCAGGUCACAUGUUUUUAAUUAGAAUUAAAAAAAGGUCAAUUAGUUUACUAGAAGAUUAAGACAGAUAGAAUGACUUUGUAAUUGGGGAAAUUACACACAUAGUUUAUGACUUUGUAACUUUAUUCCUGUUAACAGAGUACUCACAAAAGGCAAUAAUAUAAUGUAUGCCAUAGAGGGUUAACAUUUUUAAACAGAUUAAAUAAAAAUUGUCUUUUGGAAAAUAACAAAACUUCAUUUAUUUGAGAGAUUCGAAAUGUACCCCUACUUCUGGAAUAACCCUUAGACAUUGUAGACCUUUAAUUAUGAUGAAAUAUUGAACAUAUGAAAUCUCCCUUUAUAUGGUUUACUAUGAUUAAUGUAAUUUUUCCCUUGUCUUUAUAUGUUGGUUGAUUUUAUAUCUUUGAAUGUAGACCAGUUUUUGUUUUUAAAUGCUGGAUAUGAUAUAACUUUGUAACUCACAAAUGAUUUUAUAUACAAAGACAUUACAACACUGACAAGUAGUCUCUUUCUCUUUUAUUUAUUUAGCUAACAAUUCCACAGCUGUGCUGAAUGGAAGCAGGAGCGUCCCUCGCUUUAAGAAUCUCUAACAAACUAACUACUUCUAACCUCAUUUCCUGCUCCCAAUAGUUAAGAGAUACUAAGUCAUAAUUAUGAGAUACUAAGUCAUAAUUAUGAGAUACUAAGUCAUAAUUAUGAGAUACUAAGUCAUAAUUAUGAGAUACUAAGUCAUAAUUAUGAGAUACUAAGUCAUAUUUACGAAAUACUCAUAAGUCAUAUUUAUGAGAUAUUAAGAAAUAAUUUUGAGAAACUUAAGUCACAGUUACGAGAAACUAAGUUGAGAUUGUGUUAUAAUUACAAGAUACUACAUCAUAAUUAUGAGAGACUAAGUCAUAAAUAAACAAAUCUAAGAAAUAAUUCCAAGAGACUGUCAUAAUUCCGAGAAACUAAGUCAUAAGUAUUAGGUACCAAGUCAUGAUUACGAGAACCAAAGUCCUAAUUAUGAGAAACUAAGUCAUAAUUACGAAACUAAAUCUUAAUUACAAGAAACUAAGCCGUAAUUAUGAGAUACUAGCUCUGGGGGUAGUAUCUCAUAAUUAUGACUUAGUAUUUUUUUUAUAACUUAGUGGAGAGCCCUUUUUUUUAAGUGGGGUAGAUGGGCUUCCAUAAUGCUGUGUUGCAACCCGUCAUAAUUUCAUAACCCAGCUCAGUCCUUUCAGCCAAAAUAUGAUGAACCUGUUAAAUAGGCUAAGGGUCAUUAAACUGGGACUCUGUCGGAGGGCAGAAAUUGGCCUCCUAACUGCUUACUCACUCCCAAAAUCACACAACACACCAGAUACGGAGGAUCCCAGGGGACGAACAUGAGCUAAACCUUACUUAUACUGAAAACAUAGAGGUUUUAUUUAGAGAAAUCAUGAGUAGCGCACCAGAGAGACGGAAACACAGCGCCUGUCUGCUGAGGUUUAGGGAGAACUGUCCUUUCCGAAAGCUGAGGAAAAACAAGUGCGGAGGAGGGAGCUGCUACGUCAUCCAGAGUUACGUAACCAGGUGUGUGUCCUCGCUGUGUAAAGUCUCCAGCAUGUCAGAGUCAGUGGCCAGGCGGUGGGGGUGCUCUUCAGCCACAGUUCCUCUUCUGGCAAACCCUGCUGAGGCUUAUCCACAGACGCUCAGCGUCCAACCAUACUUUCACCUCCACCAGCAGCAGCAGCAGCAAGAUUAUGCAGCCAUGGAUGCAGAAGCAGCACCCUCUAUUGCUGGACCAGCCUUCUCCAUCUCACCAGGACCUGUGCCUUCAGCCUCCAACCUCAUGACUCUCCACCACAGCAGUCUGUCUGCAAGUGACCACAAUAUGGAGCUGGAUAAUUGUGUGGACCCUGAGACUGGCGAAAGAGCUCUAGGAUAACUUCUUCACGUCUUUUACACUGUGGACCUCUAUCAUCUAAUGUUUGGCUUCACACAUGCUAGCAUUCCAAUGGAUUCUACCUAUUUUACUGCCAUUAAUUUGGCAACAUUGUUACAUUUAUUUCUGAGAGACUGUUCAAUUCAACCAUCGUGACAUGAGCCGAGAAACCUAAAAGCUAGGUUGGCUUUCUGGCAUGGCAAGGUUCUUUCCACUCAGCUAGCUCAGGUAUAGUGCCAUUAUAAAGCACAUCAAGGACCUAAGACACAAAAUAUCUAAAAAGAUAGGGCUGGACUACAUCUAAUAUCAAAUGCAAAUUAAUUUAGUUUGUGGGAUCAGGCAUCAAUUGUAGGUAUUCUUGGCAGUUUUUGUGGCUUUUAUACUUAUAUGGAUAUUGGAUCAAUAAGGUACAGACUAAACUUAAAUAUAUUUGUGAUACACAUUUUGUCAGUAUUGUCCAGCCCUAGUCCUGCAUUAUCACAUGGACCAGUUAAUAAAUGAGUGAAAACAAUUAUCAUUGUUUUUUGGAGAAUGUGUAAAAUUUUCAGCAACUUGUUUUAGCACUAUAACUGCUUCAUAAUCAGUAUUCGAAAACUCAAUGUUGUAAAUUUAUGAUUCUGUCAAGCAGGUGCAGGUUUUAAAAUUUCAGUUAUUUUUUUUCAUAUAUUUUAUAUUACAUUAUACUUGUACUGAAUGCACUACGUCGUUAUGUAUGUCUACUAUGUAUUUGCAGCAACAGUAAUGCAAAAUAAAAAGAGGUUUCGUGCCAAAUCCAUAA